AUGCAGCUUACUGUUUGUAUUGCUACUUAUUUCAAGAUGAAGGCAUUCAUCAAGGUGGAGGUGAUGCAAUCCACUCAAACCAAGCUCGAAUACAAAAUUCGCUUGAAGGCUUCAAUUGAGGUGGUGAAACUCCUAUUGAAUCAAGGAUUGGCAUUCCGUGGAUAUCGUGAAGAUGAAUCAUCAUUAAACAAGGGUAACUUUCUUGAGAUUCUUUUAUGGUAUGCAGAGAGGUGCGAUAAAAUUCGUGAUCUUGUGUUGAAAAAGGCUCCAAAGAAUGAUCAGUUGACUUCUCAUAAAAUUCAUAAAGACAUUAUCAUUGCAUGUAAAAUUGAAACAGUUAAAGCAAUUAUGAACGAUCUAAAUGGAGACCUUUUUACAUUGCUAGUUGAUGAAUCAUAUGAUGUAUCACGCAAAGAGCAAUUAGCUAUUGUCAUGCAAUAUGUUAAUAGAUGCAGAUCUGUGAUGGAGUAUUUUAUUGGGAUCGUUCAUGUUCGUAAUACUACUGCUUUGUGUUUAAAGAAAGCAAUUGUUGAUUACCUUGCUCAAUAUUCUUUGAGUCUAUCUUAUGUGCGUAGACAGUGCUAUGAUGGAGCAAGCAACAUGCAAGGGGCUUUACGUGGCCUCAAAACUUUGAUUCAACAAGAAAGUAAAUCUGCUUAA